CUAGAAACUGUGGAGGGAAGUCAAAAUAAUAUUAAUAAAUAUAAUUUGACAACUGAGGAGACACUUUGAAAUUUGACAUCUUGAUUUGGAUUGGGAUCAAACACGGUUAUCAUAAUCAUGGCAGCCACAAGCUCUCAGCUUUCCUCUUUCGCUGCGAUCCACUCCAAAUUUUACCUUCAACAACGGUCUCUUUUGUAUCCAAGUUUUCGUCCUCAAAAGUCAUGGGUUGUAAUGAGCGUUGAUGGGAGAGGAGCGAAUACACCAAGUUCAGAGAUUAAAACCACCCUAAGUUAUACAGCUGACAAAUCAAAACCGUAUGUUGACGGAACAGCAGAGUCAUAUCCAACUGUUGAAGAACAUACUGCUGGGGUAGGGGUGGAUGAACGGGUACAGGAAAAUGGUGUAUCGCAACAGAGUAGGGGAGCAAAAAUCCAUGAUUUCUGUUUUGGAAUUCCUUAUGGUGGUCUUGUUCUAGGUGGGGGCCUUAUUGGUCUUAUAUUCUCAAGAAAUCCUGCAACAUUUAGAAAUGUCAUAAUUGGAGGGGCUUUGCUAACUCUCAGCACUUUCAGCUUAAAGACCUGGAGGAAAGGAAAAUCAAGUUUACCACACAUAUUGGGACAAGCAGUGCUCUCAGCAAUCCUUUUCUGGAAGAACUAUGAGACCUAUGCAUUGACAAGGAAGCUAAUUCCAACUGCUUUUUAUGCUGCCCUUAGUGCUGCUAUGUUAUUUUUCUAUUCAUAUGUGGUGAUUUCUGGAGGAAAUCCACCACCAAAGAAGAAGUCACCUGCUGUUUCGUGAGGAGAAGUCUUAAUACCAGAUUAUUUAGAAUCUUCUUGGGAAUUUUUGUUUAUUAGGUGACCGUUAUUUAUACGUACUGCAGUUGGCUUUCAGAAUGCUUCCAUACCUUUUUCUAUGUUUCAAGGACACUUUCGAUAGAAAAUACAGCAAUAAUACAACAGGGAUCAGUCAAAAAAAAAAAAAAAAAGACUAUUGGAUAGUUGCUUUUUUAUGUAUGUUAAUUGUUAACUUCAAUGCGAUUUGAGAAGAAAGAAGAAAUGCAAUCGUAAAAGUAGUGUGUUGUAUUGCAUCAA